AUGCCGCUGCCACCCAAAUGUGCCAUGUCCUCCCUGGACUUUGCCUGGGUGGGACAGGGUUUCAUUCAGACAUCCAGCAGCCAGCAGGAUCUGGGCUGUACAGCUGUGGCCAUCAGUCAUCCAGACCCUGCUCGUGGCCCUCAAUGUAUGCUACUACAACUAAAGGUGGUGGUGGCAAUAGCCAAGUUACAGACUGCUCUCAAGUUGCCUAUCUCCCUCCAUCACUGGAACAUGGUCACAGAGUCCUCAAGCCCUGGAGCAUCUCUGAAUCCAGCAGCUUCACCAACAGAGACUGAGCUGAGAAUAAGUGAGAUCCGGGAGAAACUAGACCAAAUGAUACCGCCCAGACCCUUCACCCAUGUGAACAGCAUCACCAGUGCCACACAUAGCACAGUCACCAUCCUCAACCCUAGAGACACAUACUGCAGGGGGGACCCGCUGGAUAUUCUGCUGGAGGCCAGGGACCACCUGGGACACAGGAAGGAAUAUGGAGGGGACUUCCUCAGGGCCAGGAUGUCCUCCCCAACCCUGAAAGCAGGAGCCUCAGGAAAGGUGAUGGACUUCAACAAUGGCACCUACCUUGUCAGCUUCACUCUGUUCUGGGAGGGCCAGGUCUCCCUGUCUCUCCUGCUCAUCCACCGUGAAGGGGUGUCAGCUCUCUGGAGGGCAAGGAACCAAGGCUAUGACAGGGUGAUCUUCACAGGCCAGUUCAUCAAUGGGUCCACACAGGUCAAUACUGAUUGUGCCCUGAUUUUAAACUCAAGCACUGAACUAUGCCAAUACCUGGAUGCUCAAGACCAAGAAGCCUUCUACUGCAUGAGGCCUCAGCAUGUUCCCUGUGCUGCAAUCAUCCAAAUGCAUUCCAAGAACAAGGAAGUUUCCUAUCUUAGCAAACAAGAAAGGACCAUAUUUGUAAGGUCAAAUGUGGGUGUGGAGAUUAUGAAAAACUUCAAUGUGAUUAGUGUCUCCAAAUGCAACAAAGACCCAGUUCCACUAAAAGAGAAAUGCAAGCCUCGCAUGACAUCCACAAUCCCCAGUGGGCAUGUCUGGAAAAAAAUAUGGCAUCCUGGGCCCUGCAGUUUGGCUCCAAUCAAAAUGAAUGAGUGCCUGAGAGGAAAAUCCAUUUACCUAUUGGGAGAUUCCACCAUCCGCCAAUGGAUUGAAUACUUCAAAUCCAACAUCAACACACUCAAGACAGUGAAUCUGCACGAGCAUGGAAAAAUGCAAAGCGAACUAGUUGUGGACUUGGAUAGGAAUAUCAACAUCCAGUGGCAAAAACAUGCUUAUCCCUUAGUUGGAUCAUCUACUUAUUCAGUCAAAGAUAUUGAGUACAUGGCCCGAGUCAUUGACAGAACUGAAGGAGGAAAAAACACUGUCAUUGUUAUUUGUCUGGGCCAGCAUUUCAGACCCUUUCCCAUUGAUGUUUUCAUCCGAAGGGCCCUCAAUGUGCACAAAGCUGUUCAGCGCCUACUUCUGAGAAGCCCAGACACCACAGUCAUUAUCAAGAGAGAAAACAUCAGGGAGAUGCACAAUGAUGCGGAAAGAUUAAGUGAUUUUCAUGGCUACAUUCAAAACCUUGUCAUGAUGGACAUUUUUCAAGAUCUCAAUGUGAGCAUCAUUGAUGCCUGGGAUAUCACAAUUGCAUAUGGCACAAAUAAUGUCCACCCACCUCAAUAUGUAGUUGGAAAUCAAAUUAAUAUAUUCUUAAAUUAUAUUUGCUAG